UUCAGAUGCUGUUCACAUCAGCUGGGCUAGACUGCCGUCCGCACGUCCGGACGAGCAGUUCCCAGUUGGUGAGAGUUCAUGUUGUGGUGCUACGUCGAUGAAGCAUUGUUGCUGUUUUAUCGCACAGAAAUGAGUGGGGCCCAUAUUGGCCGAAAAUGCUUUUGAAAGCGAGGCCUUAGUUACUACUACUAGAAGACCACAUCAACGAAGCAAUAAUGGGUUAGACUAACUAUAUGUACAUAUAUAAACAGAAAUAUAUUUUUGCGUCAUAACCUCUAACGUGCUGUAGCAUGCAGUUUCUGUUUACGUAAUUUCACUUCUUGAAUGGUGAUUGAAUACCACACCCAAGUGUUAUAGAGAAGAAUGAUACAUAAAAUGGCUGAACCUGCCAAGGUGUGCUGUUUACUGAAGUAACGUGGCUGAAAUGGAUGAUGGAUCACAAAAACUGCUGGAUGUAAUUGAUGAUCCAACAGCUCUCGAGUCAUUUUUGGGAAUUGCAGCUGCAGGGGGUGCUUCAGGUGCCAACAGUAACCUCUCUCGGUCAGUUGCUGCGCCAGUCCCCGUGUCGACGCAACAUUUUGUCCUCACUCCAAUUUCACAUUCGCCACACGCACUUCCGGCAAAUAUUUCUGUUAGUUGCCCUACAUCUCAGACUGUUGUCUCCACUUCACAGUCCCAAAGUUUUAUUUGUACACCAGUUAAGAGUUCGAGCAGUUCUUCGGGAAUUGCAGUUGUAGCUUCCAGCAUAGCUUUUGGGCAUUCAGAAGCUGUUAUCAGUUCUUCCAAUAUAUCCUUUAGUGACUCUUCCAACAACUUGUGCCUGGAAACUUCUGGUAUUCAGAUUGGGAGUUCCAGAAUGCCAUCUGGGCCAUCCGGUGCCCCUGUUGGACCUCCAGCACUCGCUCAAGCGGUUUCUGCAAGUUCAAAUGUUUCCGGAUCCUCCAGCAUAGCGACAGUACUUAAUAAUUCGAACAUUCCUGUCGGAUCUAGUGGUGUUUCCAAUAUACUUGUCGGUCCACCCGGUACAGUCUUUACUUCGGCAAAUUUAUCACUCUCACAAAUGACUGUACCUCAAAGCACUACUGCGUCUCCGAGUUCACCGUUCUCCAUUCCUACUAGGUCACCACACGCACCCCCUACUCCAUCUCCGAGCCCACUUCCGAGGAGAUCACCUGCACCUCAGCACCCUCCGUCACCUGCUCCUUCUCCAUAUCAUGUGCAGCUGCAGUCUCCUCAAAACAGUGCUGCCACAGCGACAGCUGGUUUUGUCCUAUCUGCAACUGCCCCGCAGGCAAAUUUGGUGAAAGACAUUAUCACCAGUUUACCUCUACUACAGCCACCAUCCUUGAAGACUGUACAGGGCUCUAACAUUAAUGCCCCACUGACAGCUGGCAACUACAGUGUAGGGAAUUCUGUAAAAGAGGGUUUCAGGAGUGUGCACCAGCAAACUUCAACUGUCGUUUUACCCCAGAGACUGUCUGCGGCUACUGGCAACAGUUUGCAGUCUCCGCAAAAUGCGAGUUCUCCACCGUCUGUCCAAUCAUUUGUCAAUCUCCAGACACCGCAGCCUGUUCUGAUAUCCCAGUCUGCGAGCCUGCAGGCUUGCCCGGGCAGCCAGGUGUUGACCCACGGUGCCAAGAACAGCAGUCCUGUCGGUCCAGCUACUAGUGGCAGUGGGCCUCUUACACCAGCUGGGGCUCUCACUCCAGCACCAUCUCCGUCUCCCCAGCAUCGCACUGUGCACAGCCCUGUUAUUCGAUCAACAACACCAACUCCUGUUAUACAUCAGGCAUUGCCAGCAGGCUUAGCAAUACCUGGUGCACAACAGUUUCCCGCAGUGAUGUCGCAGGGCGGUACAGCUGUUCUGCAGACUACCAAUCAUCAGCUAGUUCAGAUCAUUCAUCAGUCUGCUGCUGUGCAAGGUGCAAGCUUUCCAGCACAUACACAGAUUAUAACAACAGGUGGUGCUGCUGCCCCCGUUCACCUUCACUCGGCAGCGGCGGCUGCUGCAGCCAAUGCAGGUGCAGCUGCUGCCGCUGCCAAAACCAAACAGCCACCACAAAUUUUGCCUAAACCACCAGGAACUUCGAGUCUGACUGCAAGUUCGGGACAUGUAAAAAUUCCAAAUGUAGCAACACCACCUCAUCAAGGUUUACAUACACAGAAUCACAGUACAGCAGGAACUCAAGUCGUCAUUGGUCAAACAAAUCAAGCGGCAAUGAUACCAACUGCACAGGGAGGAACUCUGCUACUUAAUCAGGUUCUAAGGCUUGUAGCAGCACAGGGUACAGUGCAACUGCAGUCAAUUCAGACACCUAGUGGUCCCACACUUAUUGCAGUCCCAUCAGGCUCAGCAUUGAGUUUUCAACCGGUGUCUCAACUUACUUCACCACAGCAACCGCAGACUCAGUCACAGCAAACAUCCAAACUAACAAAUCAACAUGUGUCUAUACAGACAUCAAAUACCAUUCUUCCAGCUGUCUUAAAUAAUAUUCCACAAUCCUUCCAGCAGAAUACAUCAAGAACAAGUCUCCAGAAUAAUGCAGCAGUUACCAACUUGAACCUUAAUGUGCACAAUUUGAGUCUGAAUGUUACAAAUGCAAAUUCUGCAACAUGCUCUCAUAAUAGUGAUAUUUCAGGAGACUCUUUACCAUCCUGCCAGAGUUGUUCUGUCACUCAGCAGACCCCAAAUAGUUCAAAUAUUGUGUCAGAGUCGCCUGUAAAUGUGAACUUGAAUGUGAAUGCAAGUGAAAGUGCUUCAAAGAGGAACUCACCCAGUGGACUUCAUAAUACUCCCGAGGUGGCCAAAGAAAAUAUAGAAACAGUUAAUAUUAGAGAAUCAAAUGGAAACCAAAUGGUGGCUCCAACUCCUCUGCCUCUAAACAGGAAAAAGUCUAAGAAGAAGAAAAAGAAAAAUAAACUGGAUUUAGCCAACAUCAUGAAGUUGUCAGGUAUUGGAGAUGAAGAUGAUAUUGCCAUGUAUGAAGCAGAGGAACAGCCAAUUACACCGUCGGCUGUUGGUCAUGUUCAUUCAGUUGACCAGUUGCAGUCUGAUAGCACUACUCACCCAUCACAAAUGUUGAACAACAUCCCAUCAGCUCCACAGAUUCCUAUGCAGGCAAAUGGCCAGGCAUCACUACGUGUUUCACUAGAGGACUGUCAGGUAGUGUUCCAGCCAACAUCUGAAACACAGCAGAACUCUCCAUCGGGCUCACCACAUCUUGUGUCCACAGGAACAAAUACUGUUAUGGCACAACCUAGCUCUGUUUCAUCCUCAAGCUUGCCCACAUCUCAAGUAAAUCCUGUUCACUUCGUGACUGCGAGCUACAGUUCAAGUACCUCUCAGAACACACAAACAUCACAGUCUGAAAAGUAUCAAUUACCAGCAAAACAGAAUGAUAGUUGUGUGAGUGGUUUGUAUUCUGACCUGUCUCUAAGAAACCAGCAAAGUAGGGACAUCACCUCUGAAGUUGGAGGCAAUAUAGAAGUAGCAGCAAUAACCAGUGCUUCAAAUCCAGUGACGUGUGAUGCAAUACAAAACAAAUCCAGUGGAAAUGAACUUGAGGAUAUUUUUGUAGGAGUCUCGGUAACAGAUCAGUCUGCUAUUAGUGAUAAAUUAGUUAAUUCUCUUCCAAGCAAUAUGAAUGUAAUUGUUGCAGAUGCUGUCAGUACUGUAAUUCCAGCAGUUACUACAUCAACAAAUACUUUAACUACUGUGACUCGAGAAGCAAGUUCGGCACCUAGUUCACAGCCAGUUGGAAAAUCGACACAGGUUUUGUGUACGGCAGUGGCUCCCAGUAAUGUAUCUAGCAGAAAUUCACAAAAUGAAAGUGUCAGCAUUUUAAUUGGUGGGAACCCAGCCAUUCCACCUUCAGGUUUCAUAUCACAUUCUGUCGUACCAGCAUCAAGAAGUUGUCUGCCACUAGAGCCCUCAAAAUGUACAGAUGGAGAAACAUCCAAACAGACACUAUCUGCUACAUGUGAUAAAGCUGUAAGUGCAAAUCCUCCCGGAAUCUUUAGUUCUGUCAGCCACAGUACGAGCACUAGUGUAGAACGUGUUGCAACAGGGAAUGCUGCCACGACACAAACAGAAAAUGUAGAUUUAGUUUCAACUUCAUCAGGAAAUGCAUUAAUAGGCCCACAGGCACAACUUCAAAAUAGCCAACAGUCUACUACAAGAGUUUCAGAUAGACAGUCCACCUUCUUGCCAGUUUCUUCAUCAGCUAGCUCUCAAAACACAUGCAGUGCUCCAAAAACUUAUCCUUCAGUAGAUAAUGCACCAACUAUUUUAGGUCUCCAUGCAUUUCACAGUUUACAAGGUUUAGUCUCAUCUGCAACACCAUUGAUGGCAACUAUUCCACCAAUCACUUCAAAUGCAGCUACAACAAAUUCCAGCUAUGGAGGACCGUUGACAUAUACUGGAGCUGAACCUUUGGUAAUAGCACACCACCAGAGUGGCUUGCCGUCUGUAAUUACAGGACCACAACUGCUACAGUGCCUUCAACAAACACAAGGCCAACAGACAGGUUUAAUUAAUAUGUCACAUUUACAGUUAACACAAAAUGCAAUCAGCAAAGUUAUUGGGAGCUCUACAUCUAGCUUGUCAUUCAAUGCUGGUACGGGAACAAUUUUGAUUGGUGGAAAUCCUGUGGAAAAUUUCACAAAUGCUAGUCAGCCAAAAUCGACAUCUGCCGCUGCAGCAGUUAUAAGCAGUGCAAAAUUUAUUCCUCAACCAUCUGUUCUCCUCCAGCAGUUAAACACUGGCUUACGAAGGUGUUCGAGUGAUUCAAAUUCUUCACUUUCCCUUGGAAGUCCUCCAUCUGUGAUUGGUUUAAUCAGUCAACAGACAGCUUCUCAAACAGAGCAGACUAGUAGUCAGCCUAUAAAAAAGGGCCCAUCACAGGAAUCUAUUGAAACGCAGACUGUCUCAAUAGGAGUGCAAAAUUCUAAUUCAAGCAGUUCCAGUUCAUUGCAAGGAUUUCAGAAUACAGUGCUGGAAAGUACAUCUCAUACGAACAAUAACUUUGUUUUGAAUAAAUUUACAAAAUCGGUGCAGUAUAAUAGUAUUCCUAGUGUGUCGCCUACUAUGAGUGCUGCCAAGAAGAAGAAGAAGAGGUAUGAACGAACACCACCAAAAAAUGUCACGUGUGUGUCAUCAGCAGGAAUUUCAAGCAAUAAUACACUGUCAUCAACAAAUUGUGUGAGGAACACUGCUCAACAUGUGGAAAAUGGGAACCGUGUUCUCCUGUCAGUGGAUUCCAGCAGGUGUGUGGUUCAAGAACGAUCUGCAGUGAAACCGUGUGGUAGUCACCUUCUUGUGCCGGGUCAGAAUUUUCAAAAACUCUCUGCAGAACCUGUUUCAUCUUCAUCUUCACCUUCAUAUGUUGUUUCCUCACCACAGUUCAGUGUUACGUCGAACAUCAGAGCAGCAGUAGUAUCAACAUUGGCGUCCCCCGGCUCGGUGGUGCAGCCAGAAUCGUCACACCAUUCAGCUGCGCUUUGUCAGCAAAGCAAUAUUACUCCUUCCUCCAACAUAAUUCAUAGAAAUUUGCCUCCUGCCAGUGUUAUGUCUAAUGUAAAUAAAAAUAUAUUACAACAGACAAACAUAAUUCCUGCAACAAAUGUAAAUAAAGGUAACAGUCAUUUUACUUCAAGUCAGGAAAUGAGAAAUUCAUCAUCACAUCAAGUUCCGUCCAUUGUACAGACGAGUUUAUCAACGAAUAGUCUGAUGAUAAGCAAUCAGCCUGAAAUUUUACAGGUUUCUUCUAGCUCAGUUACUGUUAUAAGUAAUGGAAUAACAAGCACAUCUGAAAUUGCUCAAAGGAAGCAAGGCGAUAAUCAGCGUGCAGUGGUGCAGGUUAAUAACUCCCAGCAGACAACUAACUCUACUGGUGGACAGAGCCCUGUUAAAUUUGUGACUGUACAAGAUGAACAUCAGCAGGCACCAGCAACACAAAAUGCAAAUCCUACAGCAUGUUCUAUUGGAAACCCACAGCAAACACUGAACAAUCAGUUAUCUCUGAAUAAUAUGAAUCCUAGUGUGCCUCAUCUAGUGCCAAUUCCCUCUAACUCCAUUGCGGUUCAUCCGGGAUCAUCACAUGGUCUUCAGAUACAAGCAGCGGGAACUACAGGGAGUCACGGUCUUUUGCCUGGAAGCAUCAUUCAGAAAGUGCACACCAUUCAACUCACUCCUCAGAAUCAGAAGCAUUUGAAAGCAAUACAGAUGCAGAUCCAGUCUUAUAUAACAAAGAAGACACUUAUUCCAAAUGACCACGUGUUGCAACAAUUAUUUGAGGAGCAGCAGAGAAUUUUAGCAACUGGGAUACUUGUUCCUACUAUUCCUGGGCAACAUGCACAAGGCUUGCAGUUUGUAACCCCACAAAGCACACAGUUACCAGCUGUAAGGUAUCACCAUCAGAUUGGAAAUCAGAUUAUACCUCUCACCCCGUCGACUCCUCCAAAAAAUCCGAGCGGUGUAACUGUUCUUAACUCACUUGCUGCCUCUCCCAAUCUUGGUGUUAGUAACUGUUUUACCACUGAUUUUACAUUCACCGCUAAUGCUUAUGCUGCUGCUGCUGGUUUUGCUGCUGCUGCUGUUGGUAAUACUAACACAGUUGUUUCAACAUCUGCGAACACCGUAACCUCAACUACCCUCGCUUCUACAGUCACCUGCUCUACCAUAAACAUUAAUACAACUGCCUCGGCUACAGCAACUAGCAAUUUACCCACUGUGACUCCAGUGACCACUAUUGUAGAUACCACCAAUAGUGCUGGCAACAGUGUGGUCACAAGCCCUCAUGUGAUUGCCAAUAAAUUAACUAAUUUCAAUUCAAACAUAAAUGAUGAUAAAGUAUUUGUUAAUAAUGCUCAGCAACCUCAUUUACAACAGCAGCAGCAACAGCAGCAGCUUCAGCAAUCUGUUGUGCCAGUACUGCACGGAACAAAAUCGUCAGCAGUUUCUGAAAAAGGAACGUCACCAAUCCAAGUACAGGUUGGAACACAGACAUGCAUGCCACCAGAAGAAUUUCCUCAAACUUCUGCGCAUAUGAGUAACAGAACAUCUUGUAAUGGAUCACCGAAUGGCCAGCAGUGUACAUCAAACACAUUUCUGCCAUUAAACAACAAUAAAUCUGCGCUUACCUCUAGUAGUAAAAUUCUACCUAAUCACACGUCAGCAGCACUAAAAUCCGUACCAAAUACUGUGUUUACAAAUGGCAGCAAGUCUCAUGCAGUAUCAUGUGCUGGUGGACCAAAGCCCCAAGCGAAUUCCUCUCCUGCGUCUCCACCACGUGGUACUAAACGUUCUGCUACAAGUCCGUUGCGGUCUAUAAGCAGAAGCGACCUCAUUGAACAUCAGCUGAAAACUGAUCAAACUGAAGCUUCAAUGCCUGAUGUGCAGACACCUUUUUCAAGUUCUCGCGAUGCAUGUAAGCGCCUUAUUCGGUAUCACGUGUAUAAUGAAAAGGUCUUGAGCCAGAAAGAUUUGGAGAAAGCUGAUGAAAUAUUUGAAGCAACUGCGAAACAUCUGUUAGAUAAAUUUCGGCAAAUGAUGAAUAAAUACAACUAUUUGCUGUUGAUGGAGAGCAUGCGUGAAGUAAACACAUCAGAAUUGAUAAUGAUUGAUCGGAUGUUUGUGGCAGAGGAACAUAAUAUUCUGGAGAAGCUAAAGGAAGAGGAACAGAGGGCAAAAGAAGAACCAGUGACAGCAGAUGUAACAGCUUUGAAAACUGAGCCUGCAGUUGAUUGCCAGAGCUGCAGGUAUCUGAAUUCCGAUUUAGCUGACAUUAGAGAUGUGCGAGUAGUCAUCCAGGAUGUCAUGAAAAAUGAAUCAAUAAAGAGAGAGUUGGAAGAAGACAAAUUCACUGUCAUAAAGAAGGAAAAGUUGGACUUCGAUAUAGACAGUGAUGAAGCGAUGCCAGUGGAACAGUCUACAUCAGCACUUGUUCCGAAGGUAGAUCAGAAUUAUGAUGAAUGGGAAGAAAUACAAAAGGAGCUAGGAGUAUUUUGUCCCACCUCUCAAUCUUCGUGUACACUUCAGGAGACCUCUGUUGUUGUAAAAUCUGAAGAAAAUGAGAAUGUCGACAGUUGUUGCCGCCACAUUAAAAUGGAAGCUGAUGAUGACGUGUCACACGGAUUAAAAAAUUUAGAUCCGUUGAAUUGUAGGACUCCUGAGUACAACAGGACUCAUGAUAGUGUUCAGAACAUUUCUACAGAUGCGUUAAAAUGUGAACCUAACUCUGAAAAUAUGGACACAGUGCAAAAGUCCUGUGAUAGUGCAUCAAAUGGUGAACUCUGUGAUCUCUAUAACCACAAUAUUCCUAAAUCUGUUACUUCAGAUACUGAAAUUCCAGAAGAUCCAAACUGGGAGAAAAAGUUAGGAGUGGUGUCGGGGGGUCUCAAAAGUAGGUGCUCUAGAGAAAGAGUGGCUGGGGAGAGUGAGCCAUUGAAGUAUUUGAGCCAGUGUGUUGUGAACAAUUUAAGUAGUGAUGUUGAAGUGCAAAAGAAAGACAGGCGAGAUAUCUGUGAUACCACUGACAGUACCACAACUUUUGUGCACAAAAGAAAACGCCACAAACAUGAUACUCAUUUUGUCAGUGAACGUAUUAAAGGACUGUCUAAUGUGGUACGUGGAAAUAGGAGUUUUUGUGAAAGUGAACAGGAAAAUGAUGAUGAGGACGAUGAUGAUGACGAUGAUGAUGAUGAUGAUGAUGAAGACGAUGAUGAUGACGACGAUGACGAAGAUGAUGAGGAGGAAGAGGAGGAGGAGGAGGAGGAGGAGGAGGAGGAGGAAGAAAAUGAUGCUUUAAAUGCUCAAGUACAAAGUGCUAUCGAUAGCAUACUGAAUCUGCAACGCUCAGAAGACGGCUACGAAUUACCAUCUGCGAGUGUUGGUGCCGUGAGUGAUGUGAGUGUACUCAACCUGCCGGUAGAUGUAAACUCUGAAGAAAUAGAUCACAAAUAUUCUAGGAAAGUUGCUGAAGAUAAAUUAUUUUCGGAAGAGAGAAGUACAAAGCUUCUUAAGUGUCAAAAAAGGACUACAGGAUCAGUUGUGAAUUCUUGUGUUAAUUCUCCAGUGUCCAUUGAGUAUAGUGGUGAAACAGAUCCUUUCAUAAAUAGGAACUCUACCAUUGUUAUUACUAAUGGUGGUGGUAUCGAAGAAGACAGCAGUGGAAAUGGUGAUGCUGCUUUAGAUGAGGCUGUAAGAAGUAUAUUGACAUCCUGACCUUUGCAAAGCAUGACACAGCCUUUGCUGACCUUUGCAAAUGCACCACUGACUUCCAUUCUCAGCUCAAAUUGGUCAACUUUUUGCUAAGUUGAGUCAUUAUUUUAGAAUAAAUUCAUUAUAAUGUACGUUCUUCUAUAAAAAUGUCAUUUAAGCACAAAUUCUUCACUAUUCUAAAACAUAAAUCAGUAUUUAUUUUAUUAGUGAAAAUUGACCACCUAUGAUCUGUGAGGAAGUCUGUGACAGGCAGUCAGUCAAGCUUCGUUUAACAGCUCUAAAGUGUAAAACCAAUCUUUUGCAUAAAUAUUAUGCUCCAGCAAUGAAAACCUGCAGGUUUUGUUGUUUUUAUUUUAUUGGCAAUUUGUACAUUACUGAACAAUAUUUAAUUUCUGAAAACAUAUUAUGGCUAACGUUUCAAAUAAUGUCGUCAUCUAUGCUGGCCAUAUUUGUGUAGAAAGUAUGGUAUUACACUGUUUACUUAGAUUUGUUUGAUUCAACAGGGAAGUUUGUGUGUUUGAUAGAGAGAGAGAGAGAGAGAGAGAGAGAGAGAGGUAAACACAUGGGUGAACAUUAAACUGCACACAUUAAUGCUGGAACCCAUGUUUGCGAAUCUGCUCACUGUUUGGCAUUUUGUAGCAUUGUUAUUUCUUAUGUGAAUGGCAGUUAAUAAUAAGUUGGUUUUAAAACUUAAGUAUUACCGGUGUUCUUGCAGUGGGUGAGAAACAUGUUUUAUAUUUGUUUCCAGAAUGUAAUCUAGUCAUUAUCAAUAGUUUCAUGUGGAGUGAUUCCUGAACUUCCAGUAAGACACUGUUACCAUAACUGUUUUGUUGCAGUGCUAGUACAGAUACAAAUGACUGUGUAGGUAGAUGUAGAUGACACUUCUGGAUCAGUUUUUGUCUUCUUUGUUCUUAGGCAGAAUAUUAGUGCUGAGGUUUUAUGAGAUUCAUACAAAAUGUCCAUAUUGCAUGCAAUAGAGAAUAGUUUCUGUAUCUAGAGAAAGUUUGCCUACAGGUUACAGGAACAUCAGAUGGAAUAUAGAGUUGGAAGCUGUGUGUCAUCACAUUCCUUGGUUUUUGCUCUGAGUUUAAGACAAUUAUAAUGAGGAGUACAUACAUGUGCCAUCCAAUAGUCACAUUUUGGACAUACAACAUGAGGGUGGUGCUGCAGUGCAGUACUCUACCCCUCCCCUUCAGCAUACUGUAAUUUGUGGCCUAUAUGUUGUUUUCAAAUAAAGCCACUCAGAUAUUUUCUUUAAGGUGAAUACUCAUACAUUCAUAUCAGUUAUAAAAAAUCAUUUUGUAGCUCUAUCACAGAAAGAAUAAUAUGGUGUCAAAUGAUACACAAGAGAAUUAAGCAGACUGUCCUUAAGGUAAAAAAACUAACUCUAUGCAUAUAUCAGUUAUUUGUCCAUAUUAGUUAAAUCACUGUACAGCAUAGUCAGCCUGUUCUAUCAUGCAAAAGUGGCUAUUCAAAGGACAGAACAUUAUAGCCCAAGCUAAGAAGAACCCAUCUUUUAUUAAGUAAAUUGAACAUGUAUACGUUUUUCUAUGCUUUCAAAGGCAUAGAUUAUUUAUCUCAACUGCAAUCUAAUUAAUAUUGUAAAGUACUGAAUAUUGUUCUUUUUUGUAAUGUAGAGUAGAGAAAAUAAAUAUAUCUUUUAUUUGUCUAGAUCACAAUUUAUAAAGCAUUAGUGGUUUUGAUUGUGCUAGCAGUCAUCAUCGGAUCUUACAUACAGUAUUGAAAUUUGGGCAGUGCACUUCUCUGAUGUGUCGAGUAAGAUGGUGUUUUAAGUUUCUUCUGGUUGACUUAACCCAGAUCCAGAUGAGUUAUGUUCACCACAGGGCUUACUCUCACAACCUUCUGUCACACACAUCUGUUCUCUUGUGAAGUGUUUCUGUCAUAUUGCUCAUAUGCUUCAGGUUAAGGGUUACAUGCUACCUCUACUGUGCCCUGGUUUAUACUGUGUGACAACAUCGAAUUUUGUAUAACCCUAAGUUUAACACCAGUGGAUGUUUAAUUGCUUUAUCAGUUCAUACCACCACACUGUAAAACAUAAUCAUGGUUGUUUACAAUUUACAGUGUGAUGGUGUGCUUUGACAGAGUAAUUAAAUAUCUACCAGUGUUAAAUCAAGCAUUAUGCAAAGAUCAAUAAGAACAUGCAAAGCAUAGCUUUAGCUGUGCCCUUGUUUAUUCUGCGCGACCUCGUUGAUCUUUUAUACUGCUCGAUUUAAUGCUGGUAGAUAUUAAAUUGCUUUCUCAACAUAAACCAGCGCAAUGUAAAAUGUAAGCAACCAUGGUUACGUUUUACGGUGUGAUGUUAUGAUUUUAUAGAAUAAUUAAUCAUCCACUAGUGUUAAGUGUAGGGUUAUGCAAAAAUCAGUGAGGUCACACAGCAAAUGCUGCAUGUAAUCCUGAACCACAAGCACACAAACACUGUGAUAGAAAUACUUCACAUGUUAAAGAGAAAAGAUGUUUGUCUCACAAGAUUGUGAGAGGAAGCCCUAUGGUAAACAUAACUCGUAUGGAUUAAGUGUGUCAGACAAAACAGAGAGCUAGACUUUGGUUUGUGGAGACUGACAAAAAAUUUUCAUUAAAAUUUGAUCUUACUCAAUACAUCAGAGAUGUACACUGCCCAAAUCUCAACCUUGUAUCUAAUAUGAUUACUAUCACAACCAGGACCAGUAAUAUCAUUUUAUAAACUUGUGAUCUAGACAAAUAAAAGUUAUAUAAAAAAUUAAAGUACGUGUUCCACAUUCUUGAUCAUGUCAAACAUAGUUAGAGUAGUGAAAACAUUCAAAUGAACUUAUAAUAGUGGUUCCUUUCUCCUAACUAAGUGGCUAUGCAACUGAUGGCGAAUUCUUUGGAUCAUUGCUGUGAUGAUAGUUGCUUAUCUUUAAGAUAUUUAAUGAUUAUUUUUGAAGAUGAUUCCCUCAAAUCGAAAACAAAUUAUUACAGUUCCUUUGGUGAAGACUCUGGACAUGUACUCAGGAGAAGUGAAGCUUAAAUCCCUUUCUGUUCAUCCUCAUUGAGGUUUUGUAUUUUUUACGUUAAAUCACUUCAAACAAAUGUCAAGGUAGUUUUUUAAAUGCGACUGUGAUGAAUUUCUUUCCACUUGCCCAAUAUGAUCUAUUUCUCUACUUCUAAAGGCCUAGAUGUCAAUGGAACAUGAAAUUUGAACAUUCCUUUUGUAUAUCAAAACCAUCAGACAUGUUCUGUUACAUUAUAUUCAUUAUGGGCAAGGGAAAAGUUUCAAAAAUAUUACUUCUGUCUCCACUGGGUGUUUCCUUAGUAACUGAAAUUUUUUUGACAGUUAUUGCAGCAUUGUUUAAAUAUAUUAUGGAGAAAGGUUUCAAGUUCAUCCUUAAAACAUGUUGCACUUUGAAGGUAUCAAGAUGGCUUGCAUUGUGUUAUUUAACUAUGGCAGUCAAACAUUUAGACCCAAACCUUUGUCCAUACUCAUUAAAUAUUUGUCUCCUUUAUUGCAUUAAAACUAAACAUACAGCGUUUUGCCAUAGUUUCAUAGGGAUGACUAGUACCUGUACUCAUAUGUCAAAAAUGUAUUUUAUUUUAUCUUCACUAACUUACUUAAAUCCAGAGACAGCUGGUGAAUUUUUGCUUUCACCGUUUCAUGUCCAGAGUGUAUAGUCACACUAAUUGUUAAAAACAUCUAUAGUGACAUAAUUUUAAAUGAGGGAAAGUGUACAAGAGAUGAAUUUAUCCAGUUUUAAAUUAAUAGCAUUGUUUGGCUUAGAACCUGUUGGUUUUGCCUUUGUGUGCUUAUGAUAUACUGUGUCACUCAUGGGGAACAAAUUUGAUGUCCUAACUCAUUUUUAGAUAUUCCUCUGUAGUUGUAUUUGUAGCACUGCAACAUUCAGUUCACGUAAAUGUAAAACUUCAUCAGUGUAACAGGCUUGACAGCAUCUUCUUCUCAGUAUUCAGCAGUCUUUUGCAGGAAUGUAGAUACUAUUAGUACACCACAUUCACUCUUUAAGAAAGUGGAGUAAUCCAAAUGCCAAUCACAAUUUAUGCCGUUCACAUUUUUUUAGUCUGUUUAUUUACUGUGGUUGCCGAUUUUAUAGAUCUCCCCCCCCCCCCCCCCCUCCUUCCCCAGUAAAUUUAGCUACUUAUGUUCUCCUCUCUUUGUAAUUAUUCUUGGAAUACUUUCUUAUUUUAUUUCUUAAAUAAAAGAAAAUGCUGCAAAAUGUCUGGAAUCUUUUAAGUACAAAAGUAUAUGAGGCAUUGGCAGAGGAGCCAGAAUGAUUUAUAUGUAACACUUACUGCUCCUGAAAUUAUGUUCUCUGGUUCUGAACAGGAGCUAAUAUUUAUUAUAUAAUAAUGUGAUGCAAAAGUGUUGUGAUUUUUGCUGUGUAAUAUUGUUACUUAAGUUUAUGUAUUAAAUUCUUUCUUUGCUUUCAAGAAAAUGUAUUUUCUGAUUACACAUAUUGAAAUCAGUAGUAGCCAGUUAAGUGAUUGAUAUUCAGGAUUACCAGACCACCGAUGUAAAAUCUGAGGUAAAUGUUUGGAGACUGAUGACACUGUUUUUACCUUGUACAUUUGUUUGUAUAUCAUGUAGAGAACUGCUACUACAUGUGUUUAAGUACCCAGUGUUACAUACUGCACAAGAAGUAAUCCAUGAGGUAAUAUAAUAUGUGGUCAUUUUUACAUUAUUUGUUGUAUGUAGUUAAUGAUUUUUCAAUGAGAGGCACACUUAAUUUUCUGUGGUAAGGAGAAGGUUGCACCAUUUUUAAUGCACUGUUGUGUUGUUUCAUAGUGAAAUGAUUAUGUCUCUAUUAUAAACUUUGUGAUCACAAAUAUUUAAGACAGGUUAUUGUGUAGUAUUUUGACUAAUUAUUUGCUGCUCAUAAUUCUGCGGUAGUUCAGUUUGUCAGUAUGAUGGGAGAUGAGCCUGUUUAUAUGUAGAACACUUUUCCCUUCCUAGGUAGUAAGUAGUGGAGGGCAUUGGCCUUUCAUUAUGUAGUAAAAGUGUUGUGUUUCUCCAAAUAGUUUGUUUAAUAUGUGCUGUAGUGCAGAAAUAUUUAUCAUAAAUAAUAAAUUUCUCUGAGUGUUCUCACUUUGCAAACUUUUUCAGUUUUUAGUUGAAAUUCAUUGUUGGUAAUGCCAUCAUAUUUGUAAGUGCUUUAACACACUUAUUGUGGUAGUAGAGACCACUUCACAUAACUAACUUGAUUAACAGGCUGUAUAGCUAGAAUGAAAAUGGUGCAUCCUCCUAACCAAACCUCUGUUGAUUCUAAAAUUAUUUGUCCCUGCAACAUUUAAUUUUGUUUGUGGCUGCAUAUAAAGCAGAUAACGGGACACAAAUGCACUGCUUAAAUAGGCGAGUGUGAUUUAGAAAUUAGUACUGUAUAAUGCACAGCCAUCCCACUUCUAGAAGUUUAAGACUUUUAAUUGAUCAUUAGUCAUCAGCCUUCUUUCAAUUACUUCAGUGUAAGUGAGUCCCCUUUCUGUUGGCAGAAGACUGAGAUCACUUGCAUCAGAUAUCAUUUUGCAAGCUCACUCAAGUGCUUAGAGAAAUUGGCUGUACAAUGAAAUAUAUUUUUUUCUGGUUCACACUUAAUAAUCUGAUAUAAUUGUAUGAAUGUUGUUGUACACUGCAGCAAUUCCAUGUGUGCAUAAAUGUAAUUGAUAUAAUUAUUGGUUCCUAUGAAAAUUCUGUAAAUAUAAGAUUUGUGGAACAUGCCUCGCCAAAUUUGAAGCCUAGAUAAUGUACGGUGUUUUGUAUUUCGGGUAACUGCAAGUCCAAGCUAAAUGUGUUUAUCCACAUUGUACAUUGGGAACAGUGUAGAAACUGUGUUUUAAUUUAUGGAACUGGGCAUUUGUAGAUAGUAUUUAUUUAUUACCUGCCAGUCAUUUUUCAGAGUGAUAAAACUAUUUUACUCAGACUGUAAUAUUUGUAUGUAUAAUUGUGUGCAUAUGUAUAUACUUAUAUAUAUAUGUAUAUAUAUAUAUACAUAUAUAUAUAUAUAUAAAUAAAAGUUUAGAUUUUGGAGUGCCCAGAUGCAAAUAAUUGUGUGUUAAUAUUUUAAAUGUGUUUCUUAUACAUUUUUUCAAUUAAAUUAGUAAUUACAAGAACUGAUAACAGUGUUGGGGUCAUACAUUUGAUCUCUGUUUAUUGCUUGGAAAUUGUAUUAUUUAAUGUACAAAGUGAGAACAUUUUAAUCCAUGCAAAAUAUUUAUGAAAAUAAAUAGAGAUAUCAAUGUUGUAGGAAUAUUUUUACAAAAACUUGAAAAAUGUUCAUUUAUUUUUACUUUCAAUAAAACACAUGCACCUUUU